AUGUUUCGAUAUUAUCGUCGUUAUCGUUCUUCUUCUCGUCGCUUUCUUCCUGUCAAUAAGAAUAGCGCGGUCUUCACUCUAGUGACAACACUUCAAAAUCGUCGCAUUGCUAGUCAAGAACGUGAACAAGGUCAAAAUCAAGCCCAAGAUGAACAACAAGAAACAGUUUUUGUCAAUUAUAUUAAUGAUAUAGCUCGUUAUCGUGAUAAAAAUAGUGGUUCUCUCAAUAAUAAUUCUGAUAAACUUCUUUAUAUUCGAACAAAAACUUUGACAGCAUUACGAAAACUCGAUAUUGUACGUAAAAAACAUGUUCUUUUAUUUCUGAAAGAAAGUUCACUUUUAUUGAAUGACACACAACAUCUUUGGUUCGGUGCUGAUUUCAAUGGAAUCAAAGUCGAUGGCAACGAAUGUCGUUUUAUGAAUGCUACCUUUUGGGGUGUUCAAUUUCAAUACGUAUCAUUAACGAAUUGUAUAUUUGAAAAUGUCAUUUUUCGUGAUUCAAAUUUUAAUCAUGCUACUCUCACUCGAUCAAGCUUUUUAAAUACACAUUUUAUGUCAUGUUAUAUGGAACAAGUCAAUUUUCAAGAUGCAAUCAUAUUUACUGUGUAUUUUAAUGGUUCAAUAUUGAAUUUUGCAAAUCUUCUACAUACGAAAUUGAAUAAUGUUUUCUUUUUGAAUGUCAAUUUGAUGGGAGCAAUAUUCAAUAUAAAACCAUUGGACUUCUUUACUAUUCGAAAUUCAAUUCUUCCGAAUGGAACAUUUUCACCUGUUGAUAGUUUUUAUAUCAAGAUGGAUGACUGUGCAUCAUUGGACGGAUGGUUCAUAUUACCAAACGGAAGUAUACAAGUGAACAAUUGUAUGAUAGUAAGUACUAAUAUUAAUGCCAGUAUGAGUCAAAUAGUUCCAAUGUCUCUCACCGAUCUUUCAAUACUUAUCAAUACUAAUCAAAUGGAAUUUGAAUUUAAAAUACAUGAAAAUGGUCUGUCGACAAAAAUUUUAAUCAAUAUGUUAUUUGGUAAUCCUGAAAGUCUUGUUUUCGAUAUUCAUAACAUUGAUUGUCCUGUCAACAUAGAUCGUGUCUGUGAACAUCUUUUUCGUGUUCCGGCACAAACAAAAGUAAUUUGGAUACAAAUUAUAUUGGAAACUAUUGGCGCUUCAAUUGAUCAGAUUUCUUUUGCGUUACGACCAAUAGGAACAAAUACUGUCUAG